AUGAGCCGGAAAGAGUUGAUCUGUCCGUCAGACCGCCCUACUGCACGCCUUGCAGCCGUUCUUGUACUGCUAUACGAGAGAGCUGGUAAGCUAAGGGUGUUACUGACCACUCGAUCAAAGCUUCUCCGCACCCACCCCGGUCAAACUGCUCUUCCUGGCGGGAAGGUGGACGAGACCGACGUUGAUGUCACACAAACUGCGUACCGUGAAGCCUAUGAGGAGGUCGCUCUACCGUUGAAAUGCCCCGAUAUGCACACGGUGACAGUCAUGAGGCCUUAUCUCUCCUCCAGCAAACUGCUGGUGACGCCCGUCGUGGCGCUCUUGACCGACAUAUCGGUGCUUGACGAUCUCAAGGCAUCAGAAAGCGAAGUGUCACGCAUAUUCGAGCAUCCUCUGGAAGCGAUCCUGGAACCCGGUCUCACGAACGACGAACCAUUGGUCGAAAAGGGCAGCGAGGACUGGCCAUACGAACAAGACUUCCAUUGCACAUCGGAUAUCUUUCUGGGAUGGCUUGGAAAUUCUACUUAUCGCAUGCACCGCUUUCGCUCAUCAGCGUCUCCCGUCAAGGGGCUGACUUCAGAUAUUUUGAUCGCAGCGGCCGAGAUAGCUUACGAUCGGCAACCAAGCUACGAACGUUAUGCCCCAGGGCAGCUGAGAAGUUUUGCUCCUAUUUUGCGAAUAUUGGAGUUGGAUGAAACCGCUCAGCCUGCUACCUCUGGCACCUCAACGCCCAGGAUAGAAGUGGGCGUAGCUGCGAGCUAG